GUCAAAUAAAAUAAGAACGGAGAAGUAUAAAAAUUGAGAGCGGCUGACCCAGUUGUAUACGGAGUACUGUUUAUAUGUAUAUCAUGAGCUGCUGAUCGGAAAUCUGGUUUUGUAAGAAAAUAAAAUCUGAGACGAGACAUGUCCAGCGGAAUUGAAGAAGAUAAACAGACAGAUGCAUCAAUGGAGGUGAAGAGAAAGAGGGAAGGACAAGAUGAUGACGAGGAAGGUAGGGUUAGGGAGAUUCCUUCUAAAAACCCAGAAACUGAUAAAGGUCGUCAGGGCAAAUCUUGUAAAGGCACUCUCUAUUUUUCUUCCCACCUCAAAUCCAAAGGCCGUAACCCUCGUUGCGUCGGCUUCACUCGAUCCCUUCAACAAGUGCCUAGCUAUAUUGUAAGCGAAUCUGAAGUUGAAGCCUCUAAAGAAGGACGCAGUCUAACAGAGUUCAAGUAUGCUUGUGUUGGUUACUCCAUUUAUUUGAAUAAUAAAAAUGAAGCAGCACCUCUGAAUGGCGAACAAAAACCUCGAGCAGAGCUUCCUGUUUGUGUUGGUGUUGAGCUUUUGGUGGACAAAAGGCCUGUUGAUCAUAAUGCCCCUGCUCCGAUCCCGGCCUCUGCCCCCUCCCAUGCUCAAAAUAAGGAAGAUGAUCGCGGCCUUCCUCAGCACCGACCGUCUAAAACACCUCAUCUUAUGGGGGAGGAGUUCCUAGUGAGAUUUUCAAGAAAUGCAGGCCUUGUUGCAUCUGGAGUAGCUAGAAACAUGCGGAAAGUGGGGAACUAUGUGAAAGAAAGUGUUGAUGAUAUACUUUAUAGACGUCCAAAGUGAUAUUGCGCCUAUAAUUUAUAGGAAUGGAGAUACAAGUUGUAUUAACAAUUGUUACAAGUUAGUUUUAUGUCCUUUUUUCUAAAUUUUAUUUUCAUUUUAGGAGAGUGUAUAUGGCUUUGUUCCUAGGCUCUUCUCACUGUAUCAUAAUGAUCUGAUAUUGUAUUGUACUAAGUUAUCCAAUGUAUAAAUUUUGCAAACCAGACUCAAAUUGUAAUGAGCUCCCUAAUAAAUUGAGCUAAUGUUGCAAGUUUUGGUCUUCCAACUUUCAAAUGCUA